AGAGAGUGACGCUGAUUCCAACUCCCUUCAGGAAAUGGAGAGCUGAUCGUUGUGGAGACUGCAGAGAUCGUUUCACGGCCAAAAGCCAGAAUGCUCGGCAAAAGGAACUCCAGAGACAGGCGUUCUCCAGAUGCGGUGAAGCCCAUGAGGCGUCCUCUCAACAAGUACCCCUUCGCCACCGCCGUGCUUUGGUCGGCCACGCCCCUCUUCUUGGGCUACGACCUCGCCGUCGUCUACAACACGGUCGUCAGGGCGCAGGCCGACCUGAAGCUGCUGGCGUGCACCGUCGCGCUCUCCUCUAGCCUCGGCGCGGUCGCGGCCGUGGGAGCGCAGCGCCUCAUCGGAGGCCGCCAGGCCGCGCUCCUGUCGGGCGCCGUGCUCUGCGCCGGCGCGAUCGCCCGGGGCCUCGCCACCGGCUCCGCGGCGGCGUUCACGGCCGGCGUCUUCGUCAACGGCGUCGGGAUGGGCCUGGCGCUCGUGGCCGUCCCAGCCUACGCCGCGGAGCUCGGCCCGUCCUCUGCGCGCCGCGCGCUCGCCGCGCACCCCGACGGACUCGUGUACCUCGGCUGCAUCCUGGGGUCGGUCGUCUACUCCAUGCGGCUCGUGAGGGUUCCUGCCCACCACGCGUGCUGGCUGACAGUUGCCACUGGUAUAGCCGUUCCGGCGUUGCUCAGCGCCGUCGUCCUCUUCAUGCCCGACGCGCCCCGUUGGCGCGUGUCCAGGGACCGGGAAAGCAAGGCCCGGCGUAUGUUGAGCAGAACAUCGGCGACACUGGAGGAGGCUGAGCUCCGUCUGGUCGAGAUAAAAGUCGAGUGCGGCGGACUGCUGCAGGACGGCUCCGACGAGCCGCUGGCGGUGUCCAAGCGGGCCCUGUGGUGGAGGGAGGAGAUUGAAACAUUGAGAGAGCUCCUGGUGUGCCCCACGGAGCCUCUUCGCCGCGCUGUCCUCACCGCGCUCGUCGCCAAGGUCUUCCAGCAGGUGUCCAGCAUCGGGUCCAUUCUCCAGUACGUGCAGCGCGCCUUCCGCGACUCGUCCAGGGGGGCGCUGGUGGUGUUCGUGUUUGUGAUGUCCUACCCUAUGUCGCUCGUGCUCGUGGAGCUCGGCUGGCUCCUGGUGACGGCGCUCGCCCGCAGCUGCCGCCUGGGCAGGCGCGUGCCGACGGGCGGCGUGACCCGGCGGCAGGAGCAGCUGAAGUGGGUGAGGGGCCUGUCCGCGACAAUGCUUCUCUCGCUGAUGGCUCUGGUGUGGAUCGCGCUCGGCCCAGCGCCGUGGGCGGGCGCGUCGUCACGCGGCUGCCUGCGGUGGCUGCGGGCAACGGUGGCGGUGGUGAAAAAGUCUGUCAUCUCGGCGAUCUAGUAUCUUGUUUCCGAA